ACCCCCAAAGCCCUAUCCGGUACCCCUGUUGUCGGUUAUCAUCCGAUUCAGGGACACCCAGAACCAUCUCAGCCGCCUUUCCUCCCUCCCUCCUCGUCCCAAACUCCGCGGGGGCGGGAUGGGGCGGAGAGUGGGCGUGUCAUCACAGGCCACACCCACGCCCUGCUUGUUGGAGCUGGAGAGAGUUGCACCGGCCGGCGGGAGAGCUCAGAUCCUAAGUCCGAACUGAGCGGUGAGCUCAUCUGGGAUCAUGGGCUCCAUGUUCCGGAGUGAAGAGGUGGCUUUGGUCCAGCUCCUGCUGCCCACAGCAUCUGCCUACACCUGCGUGAGCCAGCUGGGCGAGCUGGGCCUUGUGGAGUUCAGAGAUCUCAACGCCUCUGUGAGUGCCUUCCAGAGACGCUUUGUGGUAGAUGUCCGACGCUGCGAGGAACUGGAGAAGACCUUCACCUUCUUGCGGGAAGAAGUAGAGCGGGCCGGCCUGACACUGCCCCCGCCUGAGGGGACCCUGCCGGCACCACCUCCCCGGGAUCUGCUGCGCAUCCAGGAAGAGACGGACCGCCUGGCCCAGGAGCUUCGGGAUGUUCGAGGCAACCAGCAGGCACUGCGGGCCCAGCUGCACCAGCUGCAGCUCCACUCAGCUGUGCUGGGCCAGAGCCACGGGCCCCCGAUGGCAGCUGCCCACUCUGAGGGACCUUCCUCCGAGAGAACGCCCCUGCUUCCGGCCCCCCGGGGGCCACAUGCAGACCUGAAGGUCAAUUUUGUGGCAGGUGCUGUGGAACCCUACAAGGCUGCUGCCCUGGAGCGCCUGCUCUGGAGAGCCUGCCGAGGCUUCCUCAUUGCCAGCUUUAGGGAGACUGAGGGGCAGCUGGAGGACCCGGUGACGGGUGAGCCUGCAACCUGGAUGACCUUUGUCAUCUCCUACUGGGGUGAGCAGAUCGGACAGAAGAUUCGGAAGAUCACAGACUGUUUCCACUGUCACGUCUUCCCGUACCUGGAGCAGGAGGAAGCCCGGCUUGGGACCUUGCAGCAGCUGCAGCAGCAGAGUCAGGAGCUCCAGGAGGUCCUAGGGGAGACAGAACGGUUCCUGAGCCAGGUGCUGGGCCGGGCGCGGCAGCUGCUGCCCCCGGGGCAGACGCAGAUCCGAAAGAUGAAGGCUGUGUACUUGGCCCUCAACCAGUGCAGCGUGAGCACCACACACAAGUGCCUCAUUGCGGAGGUGUGGUGUGCCACUCGGGCCCUGCCCACCCUGCAACAGGCGCUGCAGGAUGGCUCGAGUGAGGCGGGAGUGAGUGCUGUUGCCCACCGCAUCCCCUGCCGGGACAUGCCUCCAACCCUCAUCAGGACCAACCGCUUCACUGCCAGCUUCCAGGGCAUUGUGGAUGCCUAUGGUGUGGGCCGCUACCGCGAAGUCAACCCUGCUCCCUACACCAUUGUCACCUUCCCCUUUCUCUUCGCUGUGAUGUUUGGCGACGUGGGCCACGGACUGCUCAUGUUUCUCUUUGCCCUGGCCAUGGUCCUCACUGAGAACCGGCCAGCUGUGAAGGCUGCCCGGAACGAGAUCUGGCAGACCUUCUUUGGGGGUCGCUACCUACUCCUGCUCAUGGGUCUGUUCUCCGUCUACACUGGCUUCAUCUACAAUGAGUGCUUUAGCCGUGCCACCACCAUUUUCCCCUCAGGCUGGAGUGUGGCUGCCAUGGCCAACCAGUCAGGCUGGAGUGACAAGUAUCUGUCCCAGCACCCUAUGCUCACUCUGAACCCCAACAUCACUGGUGUCUUCCUGGGACCCUACCCCUUUGGCAUUGAUCCGAUCUGGAGCCUGGCCACCAACCACCUGAGCUUCCUCAACUCCUUCAAGAUGAAGAUGUCUGUCAUCCUCGGGGUCACCCACAUGGCCUUCGGGGUGUUCCUCAGUGUCUUCAACCACGUGCACUUUGGCCAGACCCACCGGCUUCUGCUGGAGACCCUGCCUGAGCUCAUCUUCCUGCUGGGCCUCUUCGGCUACCUUGUGUUCCUCAUUGUCUACAAGUGGCUGCAGGUCUGGGCCGACAGACCCUCCUUGGCGCCCAGCAUCCUCAUUCACUUUAUCAAUAUGUUCCUCUUCUCGCAAAGUCCCACCAAUCGGAUACUCUUCCAUGGGCAGGAAGUGGUACAGUAUGCGCUGGUGGUCCUGGCUUUGGCCACAGUUCCUGUCCUGCUGCUGGGCACACCCCUGUACCUGCUGCGCAAGCACCGCCGCAGAAACCCCCAGAGAAGGCCAGCAGGCAGACAGGCUGGAGCUGUUGAUGCUACCUGCUUUCAGGGUGAGGCCAGUGACAAGCUUCUGGCUUCCCAUGAUGCUGCCACCUCGGAGAACAGCUGGAGCCAUGAUGAGGAGAAGGCUGGGAGCCCAGCAGAUGAGGAGGAGGCUGAGUUUGUCCCCUCUGAGAUCUUCAUGCACCAGGCCAUCCACACCAUUGAGUUCUGCCUGGGCUGCAUCUCCAACACAGCCUCCUACUUGCGUCUCUGGGCCCUGAGCCUGGCCCAUGCCCAGCUGUCUGAGGUCCUGUGGGCCAUGGUGAUGCGCGUGGGCCUGGGCAUGGGCCGAGAGAUGGGCGUGGCAGCUGUGGUGCUGGUCCCUGUGUUUGCUGCCUUUGCUGUGAUGACUGUGGCCAUCUUGCUGGUGAUGGAGGGACUCUCAGCCUUCCUGCAUGCCCUGCGAUUGCACUGGGUCGAGUUCCAGAACAAGUUCUAUUCGGGUACCGGCUACAAGCUCAGCCCCUUCACCUUCACUGUGGACGAUGAGUAGCGCCCAGUACAACCCCUGCCUCUCUAAAGCAGGAAAGGGAAUAAAGAGCUGGCUGGCCCAGAAA